UUUCCCCACCCCCAUUUCCCCGGCCACUGCUAUUAAGUGCCUGGUGUGGCGGCUGGAGGAGAUAGUAGCGGCGGCCCGGCAGGGCGCGGGGAGGCAGGAAGAUGGCGGCGAUUGCGGCGACGGGCGCUCUCCUUUGGGGCUGGUUCUGGAACGAACGCUUCUGGCUCCCCGCCAACCUGACCUGGGCCGAUUUGGAGCGGCAAGGCGCCGACGAUGGAGUGGGCUACCCUCGCGCCGGCCACGUUCUGGGCGCCCUCCCGCUGGCCGUUGGCCUCCUCGCCUUGCGGCGGGUCUUCGAGAGAUUUAUUGCCAAACCUUGUGCCAUUUAUUUUGGUGUUCAAGACAAUGGGUCUCGCAGAGCUCAACCCAAUGCAAUUCUAGAAAAGGUGUUUACAUCUAUCACGAAGUGUCCGGAUGCAAGAAGAUUAGAGGGUUUGUCAAAACAGCUAGAUUGGGAUGUCCGAAAAAUCCAGCGCUGGUUUCGUCUUCGGAGAAACGAGGAUAAACCAUCUGUCCUCACGAAAUUCUGUGAGACCAUGUGGAAAUUUACAUUUUAUAUAAAUAUAUUUCUCUAUGGGCUCAGAUUUCUUUGGUCGUCCCCCUGGUUUUGGGAUACACGACAGUGCUGGUACAACUACCCUUUUCAGCCCAUAACUUCUGGCCUUCGAUACUAUUAUAUCAUACAGUUGGCCUUUUACGUUUCACUUAUGUUUUCACAGUUUACAGAUGUGAGGCGAAAGGAUUUCCUAUUAAUGUUUGUCCACCACUUGGCUGCGGUCGCACUCAUUUCCUUCUCUUACAUUAACCACAUGGUACGGGUAGGGACCCUGAUCAUGUGCCUUCACGAUUCAGCAGAUUUCUGGUUAGAAGCAGCAAAACUGGCAAAUUAUGCCAAGUAUCAACAUCUAUGUGAUUUUACCUUCAUACUGUUUAGCGCCAUCUUUAUUGUUACUCGUUUGGGGAUUUUUCCUGUCUGGAUACUUAAUUCAACAUUGUUUGAAAGCUGGGAGCUGAUUGGUCCUUACCAGUCAUGGUGGCUGUUUAAUGGGUUUCUUGUAAUGUUACAAGUUCUACAUAUCAUCUGGUCUUAUUUCAUCCUCCGAGUUGCCUACAAGGCCCUGGCACGAGGAAAGGUGUCAAAAGAUGAUCGCAGUGACAUGGAGACUAGCUCGGAUGAGGAAGACGCAACUUCAAACAGUAGAAAAGGAAUCCAUAGCACUUCCAGCAAUGGCGCCAAUCGGAUUAAUGAUCACAUUAAGUAGCAGCCAAUAGGCUGGCAAGGAAAAUGGUGGGGCAGGGGACACCUCCAGAAAAUAGACUUCUGUUCAAAGUUCUUGGUACACUGAACUGUACAUUCUAAAGAAGUCUUUAAUCAAGCUGCCCCUUCAUCCCCAACUCCUCUAGCAAACCUAAAACUGGCACAGGCACAGCCCAGUUUUACACAGAAGGCAUCAAACUGAUUUUUAGUGCAAAAGUUAUUUCCAGUUUCCCUUUUAAAAUAAAAUAAGUCAUUUUGUAUUUAA